ACACUACAAAUCUAUUACAUUUAUUGAGGAAAGUCAAGAUGACUACAAGGCAGAUAUUGAAUGUAUUUGAGCAGUACCAAAAGGCAAGGACAGCAUUUGUCCAAGCUGUAGCCGAUUUGUCAACACGUCCUCAGAACAUCGAAACUCUUCAAAAUGCAGGCGUCAUGUCGUUGUUGCGUCCUCUACUUCUUGACAUCGUUCCCUCUGUACAACAAACAGCAGCCCUCGCUUUGGGGCGCUUAGCUAACUACAGUGAUGACUUGGCUGAGGCAGUGGUAAAGGGAGACAUCCUACCCCAACUCGUUUACUCGCUCGCUGAACAAAACCGGUUCUACAAGAAAGCUGCUGCGUUCGUACUGCGCGCUGUUGCAAAACAUUCGCCACCACUGGCUCAGGCUGUUGUUGACUCUGGGGCACUGGACGCUCUGGCGAUCUGUCUUGAAGAAUUCGACCCCGGUGUAAAGGAAGGAGCUGCCUGGGCCCUUGGUUACAUCGCUCGUCACAACGCUGAGUUGGCCCAAUCUGUAGUGGACUCUGGUGCUGUUCCUCUGCUUGUGCUUUGUAUCCAGGAACCUGAGCUUUCUUUGAAACGCAUCGCAGCUUCAGCUCUCUCUGAUAUUUCCAAACAUUCUCCUGAGUUGGCUCAGACUGUUGUUGAUGCAGGAGCUAUUGCUCAUCUCGCUCAGUUGACUCUAAAUCCCGAUGCUAAACUGAAACGUCAAGUCUUCUCUGCACUUUCACAGAUCAGUAAACAUUCGGUUGAGUUGGCUGAAAUGGUCGUGGAGGCUGAAAUCUUCCCUAAUAUUCUGACCUGCCUCAAAGAUUCCGAUGAGUACGUCAAGAAGAACUGUGCCACACUGAUUAGAGAAAUCGCCAAACAUACGCCAGAGCUCGCACAGUUGAUAGUGAAUGCUGGAGGUGUUGCAGCAGUUAUAGACUAUGUGGGUGAUAGUUGCGGAAAUGUUAGACUGCCAGGUAUUAUGAUGUUGGGUUACGUGGCUGCUCACUCCGAGAACUUGGCUAUGGCAGUUAUUGUGUCUAAAGGUGUCGUACAGCUGGCAAUUGCUCUACAGGAAGAACAAGAAGAUCAUAUACAGGCAGCAGCGGCCUGGGCACUUGGCCAAGCUGGCAGACACACUCCCGAGCACGCUAAAGCUGUAGCACAAGCAAACGUUCUCCCUACCUUGCUACAAUGUUAUUUGAGAGCUGGAAGUUCAGAGGAUCUUCAGACUAAGGCGAAGAAAGCUCUAAAGAACAUUCUUCAAAAAUGUGUUCACCUCCCAGCACUGGAACCACUUCUUCAUGAUGCCCCUCCAAAUAUACUGAAACACGUUGUAGCUCAAUUCUCCAAAGUGUUACCUCACGACCCCAAAGCAAGACGACUGUUUGUUACAUCUGGUGGUUUGAAAAAGGUACAAGAGAUCAAGGCUGAGCCUGGAUCAGCGCUUAUGGAAUACAUCAACGUUAUUAACGGCUGCUAUCCAGAGGAAAUCGUCAGGUAUUACUCUCCCGGCUACUCUGAGAGACUCCUCGAAAGAAUCGAUAACCAUAUGCCAAUAAUGACGCAAUAGUUAGUCUUAGCCAGCAAUAAACAGACUUUAUUUUUUAUUUGUAAAUAUGUUGAGUUCAACUAUCUUAUAAACUGUGUUGAGCUAUGCCUCAUUAAGAUAGGAUGAAAUUUGUUGACUCACAGUCAAUGUAUGUAACAGAUUGUAAAAACACCACUGUUUAUACGUUUACAUUUCAUCCCAAGGCCAAAAUCAUGAAAUCUCAGUGAACUGAACUGAUGGAAAAUGGGCCUGUGGACCGGGUGCGGUAUUGUUUACUUUUGAGCACGUUGCACUUAAAAUGCUCAAUUUUUGUUUAUAUCUAUUCUGUUGAUCGGUCUCUUUACAUGGUCUGGGCUAUCAGUAUAAUGUAAUUUAUUAUUUUGAUUAGCCUGGUUCUUGAUAUCAGGGAGUACAAAACUUUACGAGUAAAAGAAUAUGUUAAAAGAUUUUUAUUUAAAUAUUCUUUUAUAAAUUGCGAUUUUAUCUAGAUUUGUUGA